UCUUAUUUAUUACUGAUCUUGAUAUCGGCAAUAAUAAAACAAUACAUAAAACAAACAAUAACUUUGGUGAAACAACAAAGGGCAUUAAUAAUAGUUGCAGAGAAUACGAAGAAAACUCGAAUAGCAUCAAUAUCUUAAUCUAAAUUUUAAAGAAAAGAUAAUGGAGAGAAAAGACAACACACUUUCGAUCGAGAUGAAAGACCAACAUGAACAAAAUAGAAUGUUGAAACAAACUGCUUCGGAAGAAUGCUAUUCCUGGGUGCCAUCUGACUUAUCGGCAGAUAAAUAUUUUCAGAUCCAAUUGUACUUUACUCAAAUCCCUUGGGAAAAGGUACCUCGAAUUGGAACAUGCGGUGAAAAAUAUCGCGAACAACAGAUUAUAAUACAGCUUCCUAAACAAGAUUUCUCUGCAAAUUCCUGUAAAUUUUUAGAGAAAGAAUAUCGGAAGCAUUACGAUGACUUUCUUUGUGAACGCAAUAAAACAGCAAUGGAUAUUGCUUACAUCACAGGUGGUUUGGAGCAUACCUCGUACUGCUACGGUUGUGAAGGAAUCAUGAUACUCGGAGAUUUAGCAGUAAUAAAUUCAAGAUUAGGAGAAAACAAUCCGUUUCACCCGGGCUGCUUCGUGUGCUCAGUAUGCAAAGAAUUAUUAGUGGAUUUAGUUUCUUGUACUGUAGACGGAAAAAUUUACUGCGAACGUCAUUACGCAGAAGAAAUAAAACCUCGAUGCGCGGCCUGUGACGAGCUUAUUUUUGACGGGAAGUAUAUCAGAGCAAUGUCAAAAGAUUGGCACACAAUUCAUUUCUGUUGUUGGAAGUGCAAUGAAUCUCUUACAGGCCAGCGAUAUCUUAUAAGAGAUGAUCAACCAUUUUGCGUUCAUUGUUAUGAAAAAUUGUAUUCCGAUAUUUGUAAUGAAUGUGGAAAAUCAAUAGGAGUAGAUUCAGAACAUCUCUCCUACAAAGACAAACAUUGGCAUGAAUCAUGCUUUUCAUGCAAUAAUUGCCAUACUUCUUUGAUAAAUAAAGUUUUCGGUUCGAAAGCAGAUCAAGUUUAUUGUGCGAUCUGUUACGAGUCGGAUUUUGCCACCAAGUGCGAAUGUUGCGGUGAAGUACUUAAAGCUGGUACAAGAAAGAUGGAGUAUGAAGAUAAACAAUGGCACGAAAAUUGUUUCCUUUGUGUUGUUUGUGCUAAUUUCAUAGGUAACAAGAGCUUUAUUCAAAAAGAUAACAACAUAUAUUGCCCAAGUUGUUACGAAAAAAAGUUUUCCGUACAUUGCAUCAAAUGCUGUCAAGUAAUUGCUACUCAUGGUGUGACUCACCGCAACAAGCAUUGGCAUAGAGAGUGUUUUUCUUGCACUAGCUGUCAGAGGGUUUUGGCGGGACAGCGGUUCACAUUCAGAGACGAGAAACCCUAUUGCGCCCAAUGCUUCGGAGAGUUGUUUGCAAAAAGAUGCAACACCUGCAACAGACCAAUUACUGGCAUUGGUGAAACACGUUUUUUAUCCUUUGGAGAUCGGAAUUGGCACUGUAAUUGCUUCUUAUGUGCCGUGUGUGAACGAUCGCUUGUCGAAAAAGGAUUUAUUGCAGACGGAAGAGCGAUCUUCUGUCUUGAAUGUGACAAGCAAAUAGUUAAUUUAACAAACUGAUUUAUCAUUUUGUUGAAUUAACCAUUUUAGUAGAUACAUUUCAUGAAUGAUUCAUAAUUCAUGAAAUUUAUCUACCAAAAUUUAAAACAAUCAUUUCAGCGACACAAAGAUACAAAAUUAUAGAAUUUUUCUGUUUCAAUAAAAUUUAA